AUGGUCCCAAGCAACGCUAUGAAACCCAAAUCAACAACCAUACUGGUUGACCUCGGGGGUAUCUUCAUGCACCCGGCAGCGGAAAACAAGCUCCAAGCUCAUGGCUCUACUCUUUCUUUGCGAAGAAUCAUGUCUACUUCAGACUGGAUGACCUACGAAUGUGGUUUGCUCAGUGAGCAAGAAUGUUUCGCGAAACUUGCCGAGAAAUAUCAUUUCCAGGCAAGCGACCUAACGGACAUGAUCCGGAAGCUCCGCAAGACUACCACCUACGACCAGGCGGUUGCUUCUAUCUUCAGGGAGAUCAAACGCACGGGAGCACGCAUCUUCCUGGUGUCAAACAUUUCCAAAGAAGACUAUGCUGCACUGCGGGCCUCCUGGGACGAAGACUUUUGGUCCAUAUUUGAUGGCGUGUUUACGUCCUCUGCCCUGGGUGUCCGAAAGCCUAGCUUAGCCUUCUAUCGUCACGUCCUGCGCGUCACACGGGCAGUGCCCCAUCAGACCUUUUUCAUUGAUGACAGACCUGAAAAUGUGCUCGCGGCGCUAUCUAUCGGAAUCAAGGGGACUUUUGAAACCGCAACGCUCUACCGUACACUCACGAACUUCAUCGGCGAUCCUGUGGCACGAGGUCUUGCAUUCCUGCGGCGUCAGAAUGGGAUAUUCCCGACGACCACUCAGCAGAACGAGACGAUCGCUGAAAAUUAUGGUCCACUCCUGAUCCUAGAAGUGUUGAAAGACCGGAGCCUGGUGAAUCUCAAAUGCCCACUUCGACUCUGGAAUUUCUUCAGUGGUGAGCCCCCAUCAGUUUUCUAUCUAGCUAUACAAGAGUUGACCAUUUAUCUAGGUGACCCAAAAUACACGAGUGAUACCUACCCUGAUGACCUAGACACGACCUCCCUUGGCCUGCUGACGAUCCCACCUGACCCAGCAAUUGUCCACUCUGUACUGGAUGAAAUGCAUGACUAUAUCGAUGAAGAUGGGAACGUGCAGAUAUACUUUGACCACUCAAGGCCGCGUGUCGAUGCUGUUAUAUCUCUCAAUGUCCUUACCCUAUUCCACAAAUAUGGGCGAAGCCACGAGAUCCCUGGCACAAUGGAGUGGAUCUAUAACAUUCUGCUUAACCGGGCGUAUAUCAAUGGGACCCGCUACUACCCCAACGCAGAGUGGUUCCUCUACUAUUUGACACGCCUUCUGGGCGCUUCUAGUGAUCCUACUCUCCAGGAGAGGUUCGAAGCUCCUCUUAGGAAGCGUGUGGCUGAGAGGGUCGGGGCAGAUGGCGAUGCGUGUUGCCUUGGCAUGCGAGUAUUGACAUGCAAUUAUCUCGGGAUCGAAAACCAUCCCGAUCGCAAAAAACUCGCAGAUAUGCAGCAGGAAGACGGCGGUUGGGAAGCAUCUUACAUGUAUAUGUUUCCCGGCGCUGAUCGUAAGGUCGGAAAUAGGGGAACCAGCUCUGCGUUUGCCGUGAAAGCGCUUGAGAAUUGGACUGGAUGA